AUGAGCCUUGUGCUGCUACCCAAGGGUAACCAAUGGUAUCCUCUAAAUAGUAAAGGAGAAAUUCCGACUGAUUUCAAACCAUACUCCACAGGACAAGAUGUGCAGUUUGACUGUAUUCAAAGAAACAUAGAUACUGGAGAACAUAAGUUCGAUGACAAGCAUCAAAUCGUAUAUGGACCAUUUCCUAAAUGUAAAGAAACUCAAAAGCCUUUAAGUUUCAAGUAUGGAAUCAACGAAGAUUUGAAUUGUACCAUUCAAUUCUCAGAUGAGUUGUACCAUUUGUUCCAAUUAUAUAUCCAUCAAGAUGUUCCAUUCAGUUGCAGAAUGGCCCUUUCUUCAGAACCAUUGUCUAUUGAAAAAGGUGGUGCUUAUGUUCCAUUCACAUUCAAUUUCAGAGGUGAAAUUCAUGAUGCUCAUUUGGAUAUUGACCCUUCCAUGAAUAUAAUCUUUACCAAACCAUCUACUAAGGAACCAGAACAAAAUACAUUUGUUAGUGCCAUUGGUUUUGGUUCAGGAACAAAUACUACUAGAACAGUCAUUGGGGAUGAACUUACUUUGAACUUGGCAGUUAGAUGGUUUGAUCAAUUGUCUCAAGCUUACUCCAAGGGAACGCCAGAUAGUAACUUGCCUUAUAGUGAUGGUUUCUACAGGCUACCAAUGACAUCCAUUCCUAUUAGUUACCUGAUCGUCUACACUUAUGUAUUCGCUGCUUCCGCAAUUGCUAGUGCUGUGAUCUUUAUGAUUACUUACGGUUGGGUCAUGCAUAAAGUCAAGAAGAAUAGAUAUAUGCAUUUGGACGGUGAUAUUGGUAAACAAGAUUAA